GUUGGCAGAAAGACCACUUCCACUAGCGACCGCGGGUCCCGAGCUGUGUGUCCCAGAGAGUCCGACGCGCGAGACCGUGACCUUUGGUGCAGAGAGAACGUGGCAGAGGGAGCCGACGCCAGAGGUGGACUCCGCGCUCGAGUCUGCAGCUACACGCAGGUCCCCAUACCUGGGGUUUAGACCGGCACCGGGUCUCAUGCUCCCGCCGCCGCCACCGCCGCAGCGCGAACAGCGACGCCCUCACUUCGUCCGCGUCAACAAGUCCGCGCCCAAGAAACACGCCAAGUCGGUCGGGACAGACUAUAUGAAGAGGGAUCGGCUCAACGCCAACGUGACCUGUGGCUAGACCACCGCCAGCGCCGUGGAUGAGAUGAAGGCCGCCGUCGAGUCUCUCAGCCGACAGAUGGGCGCCUUUUCGGGUGGCCAGGAGAAGGCCGCGGCCGAGAUCGGAUCCUUAAAGGUGAGCAUGGGUGAGAAGAAGGCCUUGGAGAAGAAGAUACAAGAUGAAGGAAGGGAUCACGAUAAGAGAAUUCGUGAUCUGAUGGCUCAGUAUAACGCCCUGAAUAAUGCCAAGAUGGGCGUCGAGAAGGACCUCGGUGAGGCCAGGGGCGAAGUCGAGAGGGUUACAAGGGACCUCGAACGAUCCCAAGCUGAUAAUACAGCAAUGCUGGAAAGACUCCAGUCAUGUGAGGAUGCGUUUUCUUCAGAGCAGGAGAUUGCGAGGCUCUCUGCCGACCUCAAAGCAAGGAACGAGACCCUGCAGAGGUUGUUUGACGCCUUCCACAUGGAAGGCAGCGACGCGGCCAACGAGCCGUUGUCUCUCAAGAGACGCUUGGAGAUGACGCCCAAGCUCUUUGCAAACGAGGCCGACAAGCAAUGGGUCGCAACGGCGAUGACGGUGUGUGCGCGUCUGAUUUCACUCAACGUGGUUGAUGAGCGCAUGGCCUACGAGCGCGUGAUUGAGGAGCUCGCCGGAGUCGUCGUGGACGACGACAUGUACCAGAAGGUUGUCAGCUUUCUGGAGGGGGCUGAGUACCGAGAGAACUACUGUCUGUGGCAGGCGUUGAGUGACAAUGUCGAACAAGUAGACGUACUGAGCGGGUCCAAGUGUUCGCUCCAUCGCGAUACGGAGACGCCAUGCUUGCGGGUGAGAGUGGUGUCCAGGAAUGAGCAGGACCACUUGGUGGUUACCAAGCGGCUAUGGGGUGGGUGAGGGAUGGAUGAGAUGGAUGAGGGAUGAGAGGGAUGAGGGUGAGGGAUGAAUGAGGGUGAGGGAUGGAUGAGGGUGAGGGAUGGAUGAGGGUGAGGGAUGGAUGAGGGCG